AUGUCUCAAGUCGACCUCGCCAAAGCUGUUGGAUUCCAGGACGACGACCAGGAGGUGUCAUGGAACCAGAGGGACCUGCUGCUGUAUGCUGUUGGUAUCGGUGCAAAGAAGGACGACUAUGCUCUUGUGAAUGCUAAAGAAUGCCUAGACAAGUCAUGGGCUCCGUUCCCGACGUACCCUGUCGUCCUUGGCUUCAAGGGAACCAGCCAGGACGUUGUCGACUUCCGCCAGCUGAUGCGCGGCGGGAAGAAGGCGCCUGGCCUGCCGCAGUUUGACCCAAACCGCAUCGUUCACGGCACGCAAAGUAUUGAAAUCCUCAAGUCGCUCCCGCCCGUCAGCGGCCAGGGCUGGAAACUCAAGAGGCGUAUCGUCGGCAUCAACGAGAAUAAGAGCGGUGUCGUCGUCGAGAAUGAGGCCAUCCUAGUCGACGCCAAGGGCACCGAAUAUGCAAAGCUCUACUCUGCCACCUUCAACCUCGGCGCAAAGGCCACUGGCGCGAACUUCUCCAAGCGGGUCGCGGGGCCACCACAGGCAAAGCCUAUCCCGAAGGACCGCAAGCCGGACUGGGUCGUGCAGGACAAGACAUCCACAGAGCAGGCGGCCAUCUACCGGCUCAGCGGGGACUACAACAUGCUGCACAUCAAUCCAAGCAUCGGCAAGGCCGCGGGCUUCGGCGGCGUGAUCUUGCACGGGCUGUUGACCUUCGGGUUCGCCGCGCGCGCUCUGGUGUCGGCAGUCGGCGGAGGCGAUCCAAGGUCGCUCACAUUCUUCGCGGUGCGGUUCACGUCGCCUGUGAAGCCCGGUGACGCGGUGGAGACGUCGGUGUGGGAGCUAGGCCCAGGCCCGAAUGGCACGACGGAGGUGGCGUUCGUUACGAAGAACCUGGCGACAGGCAAGGUUUGCCUGGGUUCUGGGAUGGCCUAUGUGAAGAAGCUGGAGAAAGGAAAGCUGUAAAACUCGCCUUGAAUACGGUGUUGUCCUUUACGGGAAUCGGGCAAUAUGUUUCCGACGGUUCGAUGUGGGCUCCUAGCAUCUAUGCAGGUUGUAUAUAUGGCUUAGCUGGUCUUUGGAAAUGUACAAUAUAUAG